ACCAUGGUCACUGGUAGUACAAAUUUAUGACCGUUCUCAUCAUUUAUUGAUAAACUCAAAUGAAAGUGAAUACAGUCAAUACAAUUAUGCACAGGAAAGAUGAUAAAUUUGCCAACCAAAUACGUCGAGUGCGCGAGACUAUUAGUUCCGUGUUAUUCCGCAUGGAGUCACUUCGCAUCAACUUGACAACUGAAUUGUGACACUUUUUGAGAAGCUUCGGAAUUCUUGACAGGAUCGCUGUCAUUGGAAUAACUAAGAGAAUUGACAAAAGCGUGAACUUUCCCGUGGGGACAUCGGGUGCGGUAGUGACAACUAGGAAGGUAUUAUCGUCAGUGACGUAAACGACAUUCUUGUUGUUCAUCCUUCUAACCUACGACACCUGCAUUGAAUUGUGACAGUGGAAUGAACUUCUCAUUGAAGAUGGUCUAACUUCAGUUGGAUUUUUAAACGGCGAUAAUUGAAUUGAUUUUUUGUCAACAAAAUACAAGACAAACUUAAUUGUGAGAGUUACUGUGUUGUGGGUGCGAACUGAUCGGCUGAUAUUCUCAAAGUGUGUCUGGAAUUGCAAUAUUAUGGAACAAAGGCCUCUUAUACAGACUUGACUUCGUGGCCUUAGAUUAAAAAAUCGCUAUAUAAUUUCGUGAUUAAACUACGGCUUUACGAUGUCUGAUUACAACACAGAGCACAGCCACGGCCAUCGCGCAAAAGGUACUGCACAGCAACAUCCACGACAGCAUCACGUGAGGGGCCACAGAAGGGGGAGCAGUGAUUCUAAGGAUAGUACUGACUCAAAAGGGGAACAGCAAAGGGCAAUGGAGGCCGAGGUGAUGAGGAUUGAGAGCGCUAACGAUAGGGUUUCCGUGGAGCCGAAUGAUCCCGAAGAUAAUCAGGAUAUUCCCGAAGAAGACAUCGAGGAGGAAGUCGAUAGCGAAAAAGAAGAUGAAGGUGAUCAUCAUGACUACACAGAAGACGAACAGACACCCCGGAGUCGCAGCGCCACUCCGACCGAGAGAAAACGCUCCGAAAGCGAUGGCGACCAUUACGCACUCACUUCAUCACCAAAGUUCGCACCUCCUAGAAAAGAGAGUAGGGAUAUUAUGCAAGACCCGAUGGAAACGGACACUAGAGGUCGCCCUCAACCUAGAAAACAUGGCGAAUUCGAUUCUGCAACAUUUGCGUUUGACGUCACGGAAUACUGUAAUCAAUUUUCAGACGAUUCCUUCUUUGGUGACAUCGAUGAUGACUUUCCUGUGGAGAAGAUUAAGAAUCUUGUGAAUGACGUCACGAAAUGCGUGAUGCAGUAUCAGAGCUACUCUCUCAAGUCUCAGAAGUACCUCGUGAAUCUGCGAGAACAGAUGAAAUCGGUCAAGGACAGCAUCCAUAACCAGGUGAUGAAGAAGUCGUUUGAAAUUAGUGCAGAGGAUGACUACCUGACGGUUGAGGAGCUAGAGUUAAAAGCUAAGAUCGCACAGGUGAACGCUACAUUGGCUAAAGUUACCGCAGAACUCGCCUUGGCGCAAAAGUUCUCGGCGGAGACAGAGCACGUGGCUUUAGAGGCUAGUGAAGCAGCAAUAAAAGCAGCGCAAGAGGCCAGACGGAUACAACUGGAACUUGAACGAAAGAAGAGGGCAGAGGAAAAGGCGCGAGAGCAUGAGAUUAAACAAAAACGGCAGGAGGAGGAAAGACUGAGAACUGAGGAAGCUAAAAGGUUGGAAGAAAAGAAGGUGAUGGAGCAGGAGAGAAAAGCCAAGGAAAAGCGCAUGGGGAUUGAGGGGUUAACGAUGAAGUGGGAACACUGGACGCCACAUUGCCAUAAAAUAGAGCACGGAGAGUUCGACCAAGGAAUCGGGUGCUUCAUCAGAGGAAACCCAAAGUCAUUGGACAACAACGACAUCACGUGUCGAAAGUUGGAACAAAUCAACAGUGACUUCCAAUACAAACAAAAUGAGGAGCUUGUCAGCAAUCUGAUCAGUCUGACGUCACAAUGCCAUGCGACCAAGUUUGCUGAUCCAAUUUACAUUGCGAUACCUCACUGUAUGUCACGUGUGAGCGGGCUCUCGCGAGAACCGACGAUAAAAGCACAAAUCAAUGGAGAAUGGAGAGAACUGGCCACGUUUGAAGUCACAUUUGAUGAUUACCGGGAAAUGAAAUUCGUGCAAGCGGAACUCGACAGACCAGCAAACCUCGCAGUGGUGACUCAAAUUAAGAAGGAUUACCUCUCGUGUCCGCGGAGGGGAGGAAAGUUGACGUCAAAUGUUGACCCGAGGGUCACCUUGAACAUCUCCAAGGGAACCUUCACGAGUAAACACGAGAAUAUCAUGAUCCAGAUUCAACCGGUAGAUUCCAGUUCUGUAGCCGACAUCAGAAAGCGAAAUCCAAACUGCGCAGGUCUGCUAACGUCGUCUCCAAUUCUGAGGUUGCGAUGGCAGUCUGACGAACUGAGACACCCAAUCAGAUUCACCCUCCCAUCCCCGCCAAACCCAGUAAAAGCACGAAAGCUCGCCCAACUGAAGAAGCUAAAAGAAGAGAAGAUGAAGAAUUCGCCAAGACCCGUCAUCGACUUCGAGCCCGAACCCGUCAAAAAGAAAGGACGUGCCCCUCCGGUGAAGGAGAAAAAAAGCAAGAUGGACCCCGCAGAGGCUAUAAGACUGGCCAUGUUGGCUGAUCAGAAAGGCCCAGAGGAAGACCGGGAUGAACCUGUGAAGAAAAAGGCCGAGAUUACAAAAUGGUAUAUGGGCCAGUACGCCGCUACCGAUGAUGACGAAAGCGACAAUCUCUUCUUGGUGACGUUUGAUGAGAAGAAUAAAUGGUGCGUGGCGGAGGAUAUCGUUGUCAAUCAGCUCAAAAUGGACCUAUUGGAAUUCACCAUGCAUAAACCAUUACAAAGAUUCAUGGUGCUGAGGACGAAAACGACGAUAGAUGCUGCUGGGGCGAGGUUGAUUGCCGAUUACAUCGAUAACUAUCUGGCGCAGAGGCAUGUCAAGUUCAUUGUCAAACAGAGGAGUGAGGAGCCAUGUGACGUCAGCGCAAACUGCGUACCCAUCAACAGAUUUGAACGGGUCUCACGGAAGAUUCUAGACGAUGGGUAUGAGGACGGUCCGGACCCGAGCAGUGACAUCUCAGUCCGAGAAGGCGAUCUGAUCGAAGUGGGCUUCAAGGGAAAUCUUAAGAAUGAAGAUGACACGGCGUUGAAUUUCAUAUUCAAUUCCCAGCUGCCUUCCGGCACCUCAUUCUUCGUAACAGAGGUCGAUAAGUUCCUUCAGAAGAACUACCCCGUCUACAGAGGGUUGGUUCAGAUGUUCAGGAAGACGACAACAGUCAAGAAAGUGGAACCACCUCCUCCGGAUCAAAGGAAAGCGAAACUCACCCGGGCCCCGCAGGUCGAGGGGGAUGACGAAGAAGAGGAGGAUGAAGAGGAAGAGGGUCCGAAGUUCAUCGUGGAAGAAAAGCUGGAGUUCUUGUGUCAGCUUCUUAUCAAUAUUCCAAAGGAAAAUCAGCCGCACUCCCAACCACUGCAACGAGCGCCUCUGACAAUCGUGAACCAACACGACCCUAUCAGUGAAGACUACCUCAGGGGCCUAGCAGCGGAGUUAGGAGACGAGUGGAAAAAGGUUGGACAUUACCUGAACGUCCGGCGAGUGCGGAUACAAGCUAUCCUGUCGAAUUUCAAAGCAGCCUCGGACACACGCUCCCAAGCUGAGUAUGAACACGACGAGAUGAAGUAUCAGAUGUUGACCAACUGGGUGAAGAAAGUCCCCAGAGGAGUAGACAAGGUUGGCCAGCUCAAGAAGGCCUUUGUUCGUGUUGGCAGGCGGGACCUGGCCGAGGACCUCUUAGACAUGGAGAAAGACUUUUUGGAGGAGAAGCGGUUGGCCAUCCAAUCCCAAAGGAAGCUGAACCGUCCACAGUCCGGCCGGCGGAGUCUGACAGCAUCAUCAGUGUCGUAGUACUAUGCCGGAUUCGCAAAUAUCUUUGGAGAAAAAAAUUCUCGAUUUGUAUCGUACAGGGUUGCAUAUUAAGUUCUUAAUUCGUAGAAGUCGGGCAGUUGACGACUGAUAUCGCGUUACCUGUUGUCAGAAAGGCAAUGAUACAUUGUCUUUUUGUGUCCAGGGAAAAGUAGCGUAUUCUCAAGUUCAGUGGCUCGAUUCUGCUUGAGAAUAGUCUACAAACUGCUGAUAACUGCUCGGCAAAGUUCUAAUGGCAUUCAAACUGCAAAACUUUCUUUUAAGGAUUCGUGAUUCGGUCAGUACUUGAUUGAUACGUGUAUCUAUAAUACAAUAUACCUGUAAAAAUAAGGUCAAAAAUGUCAUAAUUGAGUAUGUUGGUGCAGGAAAAAACCAAUUCAUUAUACAUGUAUUGUAUGUUUUACACACAAAGUAUAUCUUUAUUCAUCAAAUGCAGCCCAUUAUCAAGUCUGAGAGAAAGAAAAAUCUAAAAUGCUUGUUCAGCAGUGGGAAUGAUCUAUACAAAUUACUAGUACAUGUAGUAGCAAAAAACCUUCGAGUAACCAGCUGGGUUCUCUUAGGAUAAACUAUAUUCCGUCCAUAACUUUAUGCAAGUAUCAAUUCGUAUCUUGUACCCCCCCCCCCCUCCUCAAGGGUACGACACCUUAUCACCCUAUAACGACAUCUUAAGGCUCAAGCAUCACCCUUUUUUCACCAAUGCUACUUUUUCUUUCGUCAAGACAUCACCAUCAACAAUAUAUCAGUUGUCACCAUCAUAUAAAGUAACCGGACUAAUUUUACUGGGUAAGGCUGUAUGUUCGACAAGACAUCGACACAUUAGCAUCCUUAUUCUUUCCAGCUUCGCCAAAUUUUCACUAAAGGAAAUAUAAACACUACUCAAGCAUCGGCAAAGAUUAGUGGUGAUAGCCCAACUACCCUUGAGGGGGGGGGGGGGGGGUACAAGAAACGAAUUGAUACUUGCAUUAGUCAUAAAUAAAACAAGACUCAUUUGUAUUAUAGCUCCUUAAAGUCUGGUUCCACUAGACAAAUUUACCGCUUUUGGUCAGCGCAGCAACAGACCUGUGCUUAGCCUCAGAAUACGCUCUGGAGCUAACUGUAUUUUUUCCGCUAGGGUGAGCUGACUGUGAAAUUGUUCCAGUGGAAUCGGGCCUUAUUUACAUGUUCAAUGAUGCAGUAUAUACGCUUGGUAUAUUAACAUACCAAAGCGUAUUACAAUGCACCUUGCACAGAUGUUCCGUCCGAAUCUAGAUGCCAAAUUUUGUAAUUUAUUUAUGUAUGUAAUUAUUGUAGCGUCUCUAGUGCAAGUUGUGAUUCUGCGGACACAAUGUGGUUUCAUCAUAUACAUGUACAUACAUCAUUCAUCAAGUCCCGUAACUUAUAUUGGCCAUUGUCGGUUUAGGCCAUUUCGACCCCCAUGGAAGGAGUUGCAUGGGGUCAGUGCUAUCGCCUUAGUGACCCUAUGACGAGACUAUAGCACAAUGGGACAUAAUGCCCGGGUGUGAGCGGGCAUUCUUUAAAGACAAUAGGACGUGUAUUGGGCUAGGUUAGAAUUCUUUUAACUAGCUGCGAAGUAAGGGACAAUAUAAUAUCAUUCCAGAAGUUCUAUUAUCACAAGCAGAGCUCGGAAAUAAAAAAUCUUUAAAUUUUCGUGUGUGCACUGGAAGACUUCAUCAGGAAGUGUCUUGGUUUUUGCUGAUCGUCAAUGUCGCUGACGUCAUCCGGAGUGACAUCGAAGAUUAGUGAUGAUCACCUCAUUUUCGGAUGAAGCCUUCUCGUGUACAGACGAGAAUUUGAAGAACCUUGAUUUUCGAACUCUGGCGUUUUACUCUCGAUGCUUUAUUUCAAUUGUAUUAGUGGAUUUAAUGUACAAAGAGAGAUUAUUUUUAUCCGUGGGAAAUAAAGUGCAGUGAUGGAAGAGUC